UACAGAGUCUUCUGAUGCAGGUUAGUAUCUAAUGUUACAAUUAGAUUUGCUAGUAUUUGUUAUAAAGUGAAUAAUGACAUUACCUACGGAUGUAAACAUUGCGGCUGAACAGCUGAUGACCGUUUGUGUUGUCUGUCUUGAUCUAUAUCUAGAAUCUUGAUCUAUACACACACAAAACAACCGAACAAGGACACAAACAACCACCAACCCAACCGCCUGCAAAGGUUGUGAUGUGAUGAAAAGUGAUAAAGAGAAACAGAUUCUAGACGAAUUUGUCUACAUUUUAGUUUGUCCUUUCUCCUUACCGUAAUCCCUAGAUCUAGAUCUAGAUCUAGAUCUACCCUUUGUACCAUGUCUAGAAUUCUAGAUUUAGAUCUAGAUAUCUAGAUCUAACCUCUCCCUCUUUGUUCUAACCACUACAAAACUGUUUUUAAAACAUAGAUCUAGAUCUAGAUCUAAGUCUGGUUCAAGAUUUAAAUUCUAGGUCUAGAUUCUAGAUCUAGGAACUGCAGUCAGUCUAUCUAAUCUAGAUCUAGAUUUAGGCUGUUUCGGUGAGGACUGCUUGUGUAGAUCUAGAUCUAGAUUUAGGUUUCAGUGAGGACUACUCCUGUGUAUUGAUCAACAAUAUAGGUCUAGAUCUAUACAAAUUGUAAAUUGUUCUAGUUUUACGUCUCUUGACACUAAAAUCAUUCAGGAGGCAGCACGGCCCACCCGGGUUGAGAGGGAUACAACGUGCCAGCAGAAAGACGAAUACUCGAUUUAUAAUAAAACUCGCCCCACGCGAGCAUCAAACUCACAUUUUCUGCAUGCGACAGCGAAAUGCUUUACUGCUACACCACAGACGCAGAUUAUAAUUAUUAUAUAUAUAUAUAUAUAUAUUAUUAUAAGAAGACCAAAGACUAAUUACUUUUCAGUGUCUUGUGCAGCUUUCAGGCUAGAACGAGAAUGGACACAGAGUAAUACUGUUUUAUGAUCACAAAAAAUGUGUAUGUAUGGUUACAGUUUUCAUUAAAUACAAAGGUGGACUAUGAAUUAGGCCCUCAUGCUCAUCUCAGAUCAAUAUGAUGUGGGGAGAGAAAUCAUUUAAACAUGCUGAAUAGUGUGGUCUACCGUAACAUGACUCAACAAAAAGUGAGUCUCUGUUAGAGUGACGACUGCUUGUUUAAAAAAACCCAACCCAAAACAUGUACUUAAUGAAUCAUAUAUAAUAUCUUUCCACAGUUGACACACAUGAAGAGUUGGAGUCUGAUUUCUCUGUUGUGACUGAUAUUGGCCGAGCUGUGCUCCCCUUGGCUGGUUCUGAUACUGCUCCGACAUGUGCAAAGAAAAAUUCUUCAAAGCGUCCCCCUUGUGCGUGUGCCUUGAAUAAUGGUAAGCCGUGCCAUACCAUGUUUCAGGACGAGGAGCUGCAGGAGCUGCGGUGCCACUUCAUGUCGCUUGAAAGGGCGGAGCUGGACAUGGUCGUCCUUGCCAAGAUCAGCUGUGGCAUUCAUCUGUCGGCAUUUACUAUCAGGCCGAAGCAGAAAAGCCAGACCGAGAGGAAGGCUUCCCGCACGGAUUAUUUUCACCACGGGCAACGAAUCUGUCGGGACACGUUUACCUUCAUCCAUGCCAUCAGCCGGGAAAAACUAACCGCACUCAUUGUGCACUACAAAGAACAUGGUAUCUCCCCACGCCAACAUGGAAACCUCAAGAAGCUGCCUUCGAACUCCUUGUCUUUCAAGGACACACGGAAUGUUGUGGACUUCAUUGUCAAUUAUGCCGAAGACCACGCAAUCAUGCUGCCGGGGCGUACUCCACACAACUGGGUGUCGGAUGUAAAGCUGCUGCCCACAAACUGUUCAAAAAAGAGUGUCUUCGAUCAGUAUUCUGAAACCCUAUCUUCAGUGCCGGAAAGUCGUGUUGUGAGCUACAGAAGCUUUCGGCGGAUUUGGGCUGCUUUGCUGCCAUUCAUAAGAACUAUGCCUCCAGCUACUGACCUGUGCUGGGUGUGUCAGCAGGAUGCUGCGAAACUUACUCGUGUGCGGAACGAGUCUGUGGAGACAAAGACUGCUGUUAUAAAGGACAUAGAACAGCAUCUCUUCAUCGUCACUUCUGAGCGGUCAUAUUUCCGCUUUGUCUGCGAUACCGCUAAACAGGCUCUACCUGAGGAUAUAGCAGAUUUCGGCGUUAAUCCCCCAUGCUCCUAUGACGGUGUUGUUCAUUACAGUUUCGAUUUUGCGCAGCAAGUGCAGUAUCCGUCCAACCCACUUCAGCCAGGGCCCAUUUACUUCAAGACCCCCAGGAAGUGUGGGCUUUUCGGGAUCCACUGUGAAGCUCUGUCCAAACAAAUAAACUACUUGAUAGACGAAGCGUGUUCGCCCGGCAAAGGUGCUGAUUGUGUGAUUUCCCUGCUUCACCACUUCCUUAGCAACUAUGGACUUGGUGAACAGGAUCUCCACAUUCAUGCGGACAAUUGUUCGGGACAAAACAAAAACAGCGCUAUGAUGAACUACCUACUGUGGCGUGUCAUGACUGGCCGUCACCGUAGCAUUAAAAUGAGUUUCUUGAUAACUGGCCACACCAAGUUUAGCCCAGACUGGUGCUUUGGUCUUUUUAAGAAGCGGCUGCGGAGGACUAAAGUUGACUCCAUGCAAUGUAUUGCCGCUGUGGUGGAGAGCAGCUCAACUUCCAACUUAGCGCAUGUUAUUGGGCCUGACCCCAACACAGCCUCUGUCUCCUUUUUUAAGUGGACUGAGUUUCUCGGUCAGUACUUUCGAAAAGUAAAAGACAUUAAGGCUAAUCAGCAUUUUCAUUUUUCACAGGACGGACUUGUAGUGAAGAAGUUUUCUAGCUCCCCUGAAGUGACUCUAAAUAUUGUGAAGACACGAGUGCCACUAGAGGGCAUGCCCAAUGUUAUUUCUUUGCCUGGGCUGGACAACAAGAGGCAGAACUAUUUGUAUCAGGAGAUAAGGCCUUUCGUGCAAGAGGAGUUCAAGGACAUAGUGUGCCCCAAGCCAGUUGUCGCUACACCAGACAAUCCCCCAGCUACCGUCCCGGAGGAGCCCAACACCCCCCCUGCCAUUGUACGCCCGAAAAAACAACCGGCAAAGAAGAGGAGAAAGCAGUGAUUCUUCUCUAGCCCUGGAAUUUAUUUGGGAAGUGGAUGUACGCGCUGUCAACUGUAAGUGCUGGUUACAGUAUAGGUUUAUAAUGAAAAUCCGAUGCUUCACAUAUGAGCCUUUUUCUUUUCACUCUUCAUCACACUUGCUGACUCAUAUUAUUUUCCACAAUGAUCACACAAAGAUUUAAACUAUUUAAGCUUCUUAUGCUGAAAAGAAGCUUUAAUUUGAUACCAAAAUGAUUGCUCUAGGUGAAUUAGGAGGGAAGUUAUAGCUGUUUAUAUUUUAUGAAGUUCACUUUUGUCCACUGGUUUUUACAUGGUUUUGAUUGCAUAACGUUAUUUCGACUGCACGUCUCUACAAAGUCAACUAUCUUCUUUUUUUCCUUUUUGCUGGUUAGUCAUCUGUUUUUUGGGCCUGGGAGCAGGGUAUUUGCACAUUACAAAUAAUGCAUCU